GAGGCCGGCUGCUAGCCGCCCAGCAUCGAAAUUGGAAUUACACCUCGCCGUGUUAUCGAAUAAAGAGAUCCGAAAGCGAGAUGGAGGUCUUUUCCUAAGGUGGCAACCUCCGCGGCAUGCGUCGCAAUCGAUAAAAACUGGUGAACCCCUAAUUCCUUCCCUCGUCCCACCUGAUAAAUACAAAACUGCACGAAAGAAACAAUCAAUCGAAGGAAAGAAAUAAAAAAAUUAAUUCAAAAAAAUAUAACCUCUGCACAUUGCCGAUUCGGAGUGACUGACGGAAUGUCGGAAUUCGCGUUUAAAAAUUGUUGUGUACUUCGCCGUUGCUCGGCAUAAUACUAAGAAGAGGAGGAAGAAAAUAAGAAUAAUAACCGUGACCGUUCGGUGCUCGUUGACAGAAUUCGUCGUUACGUAAACUGGACCCGAUAUAUCAACUUAUAAACCCAUCAAGCAUAAAAGAGAAACCGAAACGUCAUACUUAAACAAAAGACGCUCGGACUUGUUAAUCAAAAACAAUAAAGAAACCAUAACCACCCCUGCAUAAUUUUGCUCCUCAAUUUCACAACGUACAAAUUAUCUAUCAAAAUCACUGUGAAUUAUCUGUAAUUAAUUGUUACCGAAUACAACAAGUCUUCGUUUCGUCUUUACACAGUUGAACGGCUUAUCUAAUUAUCACAGCACUCUUGCAUCCGUACGCUUCGUACGAAACCGAACGAAGAAAAAAACGUACGGUAAUUUAACGGUUCGUUCUCACGCGGUCAUCAAAAUUUGGUACAUAGAAGCAUAGGGAUAGUAUACAAAUAUCAAAAAAGAUUCGUAAGGCUGAAACAGAUGUGCUUGAAGUAAAAAUUUGCAAAAAGGCCAAGAAUAAAGGCGAACGAAAAAAGUCUUCUUUUCUUUGGGGUUUUUCCCUCCGUAUUUCGAUGUGAUAUUUUACAUGCAGUCUUCGAUUGGCCCAAUAGCGGUGCUUUUCGUGUACACGAAAGAAUAAGUAAAAGAGCGAGAGAAAAAAAAUUAAAUGACAUAGAUAAAUAAAUAAAUAAAUAAACGUGAACGGACAUUGUCACCAGCCUACACACAAUAGUUUAGUAAUAUUUAAUCGUCGUGCUCUUUCUAGUCCAGGGUCCCGUGUUUAUAAAUUUUAACAAAUCAAUUCGACGGUUAAAAGCCGUCCGAAUAUGUAGAAAAAUAACGAAAUAAAAGCCUAAAAGAGAAACUAGGAAUUGUAUAGUUCGCCGGGGGUAAAAUUGGUUUCGUACAAUUAUCGCAAGCAGGAAUUGCAAUUGCUACAAGUAUAUACGUAUAGAAGAAACGAAGAAGCUACGAAAGGAGGGCAGCUAAUUAAUUAACUCGUCGGUUUGAAGUUUGAUUAAAGAAAAAAACCGAGCAAAUCGAAUCUGUAUAAAUAAACAAGCGUGCCACGGGUCUGGAAAAAAUCGAUUGAUAAAAUUCCCGUCGUUCAUAUAAUCGGCAACGUGUCAUUUCCACACUGCAGUUGAAUAUCGACGAAAAUUGAUAAUCAAGUUCUUACGAGCCGUUGUAACAUUAUACGUACAUAUAAAUAUCCACGUACGCUUUACGUAUGUGAAGUAAAGAAAAAAAAGACGAACACUAUAUACAGAGUUAUUUAUUAUCAGAUUGUGAGAAAAAAUAAAAAUAUAUAACGCACCCCUUUACGCCGACAAUUGUGCAGAAAGAUAAUAACGAAUCGCGUAAAUUACAACGCUGGCGAUUAAACGGUAUUUUUGAAUCGAGUACCGCUGCUGCUGCACGGGCUCGUUUAUUUAUAAUCGAGGCAAUAAGGGAUAGUCGAAUGAUCUUUGCACCCGAGAGCUUUCUCUCCUACCGUAUAAAACGCGUCACGAUCAAAUUUAUUCAGCUCUCUUUCGUCCCGCUAUUUCUCUCAAAAAUUAUUCGAGAAUCGAGCUUGCGCUGAGUAAUCUCAAAAUCAAAAAAAAAAAAAAAAGAAAAGAAAAAAAAAUAAACAAAUAAAAUGAAAUGAAAUAAAAAUUUCCCGAAACACAAAUAACUGGACUUGAAAAACCGUAACAAUAUCCUCCAUCUGUCAUACAUAAUAUGUGUAUAUCGAUUGUGACUGUGAUCUUUUUAAGGAUAUAAAUUAAAAAAAAAAAAAAAAAACGACAACAAAAAAUAAACAAAACAAAUCUCUUGUGAUACUAAGGAUAUACGUACGCGUGUAAAGGAGGAAAGGAAUUAACCAAAGUGAUUAAGAAUCGCCAGACUUUGCAACAGCAUCUCGCGACUUAUUCGCGACGGGACUGAAACCGAUCGUUAACAACCGAAGUAAGGGAGAUAGAUAUCUAUCUACACCCAACACAGAGGUAUAAGCCAUAAAGCUAUAAGGAGCGAAGGAGCCGAGGAGGAUCGAGGGAGAGCAUCAACCGGGUCUGUGUAAUAAUCUAUCCUACGGUCCGCGUCGUCGUCAGUUUUGUAUAAACCCCUCCUCCUGGACAGCAAGCAGACUCGUGUGCUUCAGGCCAACAAGUAUAACCGAGGAAAAUGAUUCAGUGGCUCGCAUCGCCUCGUCAAAGACUCGCGAUUAGCCGCUUCUCCUUCUUCACCUCACGGAUUAUACCUCGAGGAUUGUUACCGAUGGACACGUGAAAAAUUAUAACCCCGUUAAACACCGUGUAUAAAUAUAAAUACACACACACACACACACACACACCGCGUGUACAAACGUUUACUCGACACGGAUUGCGAUUUGUGAUUUCUUUCGCCCUCUGUUACUCUUCGUUUUCAGUGUUUCGUUCGUCAAACCGCGCGCGAAGUGCUUUCAGUUUGUAUAUUCUGGUUCUUCGAUCGAUAUCGUUUUAAUUAUUGACAUGGUGCAGCGAUCGAGUGUCUCCUCUUCUUGGCUUAAUUACGCUGCCUCGUGAUCACCGUCGAAACGACGAAAACUCUUCUUCAAAGGAUCAUCGAACCGGUUGGCAGCGUCCGGGGAAUCCCCGGGGCCCCGGGCAGGGCCGAAGGCAACAAAGUCCCGCCGCCCUCUUCCCGGGGGGUGGCGCGGGAGCCGUCAGCGUGGGGGCGCAGCGGUACGUAGCGAGAUUCGCGCGUCGGAUCGCCCGGAGGCUUGCGCGUAGGCUCGGCAGGGGCUCCCUGGGCCCCAGCCGCGGUCUCGGCCUGGCGGCGGCGGCGACGACGACCGGUGGGUCCGGCCCGACCGGGGCGACGGUGGUGACGGGGCCUGGCGAAGACCUGCCGGCCCCCCCCACGCGCCCCGAAACCUACCACACCCACCAUCAUCCCAGGGGGAGAGCCAUGUCCAUGCGGAGUCUUCAUCGGCGCGUCUCUCACCCUUGCCACGGAAUUGAGAAUCCACAUGCAGAAAAGCAUGAGAAAAUCCAGUCUCAGGAACUUGACACGUCAUGGCCAUUUUCUUUGGAGGGCGACGGCGGCGGGGGAGGAGGUGGAGGAGGAGGUGGCGGAGGCGGGGGCGGUCGAGUGACUUCCGGCGGAGGCGGCGGAAGGCGAGCCCCGAGCCUCAGGUUGGUAAACGGAAGAGCCACCGGAGUCGGGGGCCUCCACACGAGCAGCACCGAGUCGGUCAGGUCGCCUCAUCAUCACCUGAGCCAACAGAACAACCACAACAACAAUCAUCCGCGACUCAACAAGGAUGACAGUAUCAAAAUUAGCAUCGAGAACACCAACACUUGCACGGACAGCCUCGUCACCGCUCUAGACGACGAGACCUUGCUCAUCACCGACUUCCUUGCCGAUACUGGUAACGAGAUGAACUACAAGGGUAGCGGCAAGGUUCACUUCGGGGUUGACGAUGUCUCGCUCUAUGGAACCCCGAAGGAGGAGCCUGGCCCGGGACUUCCGGGUCAGGAGGUCAAGCAGAGUUUCCUCAAGAACCAACUGCAGGCCCUAUUUCAACCGACGGAUAACAAACUGGCCAUGAAAUUGUUCGGAAGUAAAAAAGCCCUGAUGAAGGAACGUAUACGACAAAAGGCUGCGGGUCAUUGGGUUAUACAUCCCUGUUCCAGCUUUCGAUUUUACUGGGAUCUUUGUAUGCUUCUGUUGCUCGUCGCAAACUUGAUCAUUCUACCGGUUGCCAUUAGUUUUUUCAACGAUGAUCUGAGCACCAGGUGGAUAGCCUUCAACUGCCUUUCAGACACGAUAUUUCUCGUAGAUAUUGUCGUCAACUUCCGGACGGGUAUCAUGCAGCAGGACAACGCCGAACAAGUGAUCCUGGACCCGAAGCUCAUCGCUAAGCACUACCUCAGGACGUGGUUCUUCCUGGACCUCAUCUCAUCCAUACCUCUCGACUAUAUUUUUCUCAUAUUCAAUCAAUUUCAGGACUUCAGCGAGUCGUUGCAAUUCCUGAACGCUGGACGUGCCCUUAGGAUUCUAAGGCUGGCCAAACUUUUGUCGUUGGUCAGGUUACUUCGUCUCUCGAGGCUCGUUCGUUACGUUUCGCAAUGGGAGGAGGUUUAUAUACCACUUUACCAACAGCCGGAGAGGCACUACGAGCGUCGGGCGACUCCGCCGCAACCAGACCGAACCAGCAAGAUAUUGCAGAACCUACAAAAAAAACGCACUGAGCGGAGGGGGCGCCUAAGCUCUGACAAUAUGAAUAAAAAGAAGUCCGGUUUCAGCAAAAGCAACCUUAUUUUUAAGUUCCUGAAUAUGGCCUCGGUGUUUAUGAGAAUAUUCAAUCUCAUCUGCAUGAUGCUGCUCAUCGGUCACUGGAGCGGAUGUCUACAAUUUCUAGUUCCCAUGCUGCAAGGCUUUCCGAGCAACUCUUGGGUCGCCAUUAACGAAUUGCAGGACUCGUUUUGGUUAGAACAAUAUUCAUGGGCGUUAUUCAAGGCCAUGUCGCACAUGUUGUGCAUAGGAUACGGAAGGUUUCCACCUCAGUCACUUACGGACAUGUGGCUUACAAUGCUCAGUAUGAUAAGCGGGGCGACGUGUUACGCCCUGUUUCUUGGUCAUGCUACAAAUUUGAUUCAAUCCCUCGAUUCGUCGCGAAGACAAUAUCGCGAAAAGGUGAAGCAAGUGGAGGAGUACAUGGCGUAUAGAAAGCUGCCCCGAGAAAUGAGGCAACGGAUAACCGAGUACUUCGAGCACCGAUACCAGGGCAAGUUCUUCGACGAAGAGUUGAUCCUUGGCGAGUUGUCGGAGAAAUUAAGAGAAGACGUAAUAAACUACAACUGCAGAUCACUCGUGGCCUCUGUGCCUUUCUUUGCGAAUGCCGAUUCGAAUUUCGUUUCGGACGUCGUUACAAAACUGAGAUACGAAGUCUUCCAGCCAGGAGACAUAAUCAUCAAGGAGGGUACGAUAGGUUCAAAAAUGUACUUUAUCCAAGAAGGAAUAGUGGAUAUCGUGAUGGCGAAUGGGGAAGUCGCAACGUCCCUCUCGGAUGGUUCAUAUUUCGGGGAAAUAUGCCUGUUGACGAACGCGAGACGCGUUGCGUCAGUGAGAGCCGAAACUUACUGCAAUCUCUUCAGCCUCUCGGUGGAUCAUUUCAAUGCAGUAUUGGAUCAAUAUCCAUUGAUGCGAAGGACCAUGGAGAGCGUUGCCGCCGAGAGGUAUAAGCUUUGGUUGAACAAAAUCGGCAAGAAUCCAAAUCUGGUAGCUCAUCGGGAAGAGGAUUUGGGCAGCGAGUCCAAAACUAUCAACGCAGUCGUCAACGCGUUGGCUGAGCAAGCUGCUCACGCGAGUGCCAGUGAAGAAUCGGUUCGUCUUUCCAAAUAUCGAAAUCAUUUUCCUGUUUUGGUCCAUAGCAUGGAGCUGAGAGCUUUACCCUCCUGCCUUUUACCGAGACCUAAGUCAGAGAAUAAUUUUGCAAGUCAAGAGCUGACGCGUGAAGGACGACGGAUCUUCCACAAGAGUGAUACCUUCCACAAGGAUUCGUAUCAAUGACGUCACUCUAUGUACUAGCACACACAGAGAUACUAACGGGGUCCGUAUUGACGCGCUGUACCUAAGCAAGGUUGUUUUUUAUUCUUUUUUUUUUUUUUCUUGUUUCAUUUUACUUCGGUAAGAUACAUACACGCAUACAACACUCGUACACACGUAUUCAUUAUUUAUUUUAUUGAAGAAAGAAAAUUUUAACACGUGAACGCCACGUUGAGACACUUUAAAUAAAAAUAUACGCAACCGCGGUACAGUAAAUGAAUACAGACCCAAAUCUGUGCUGUAAGAGAAGUGGUAACAAAAGACGUGAAUCGAUUGAGUAACUGGAAUUAUCUCAAGAUCGCAGCUGAUCCUGCGAUAUUUCAAGUUAUCAUUUGAAAUACACGGACUCUUUAAAGCACAGGUUUUAUAAAGCAUAUUGUUGCCAGUACAAGGGUGCUCUUACGAUUAGUUUUAUCUUUAGCAAUAUACAUGAAAGUUUUUUAGUUUCUCUUGCUAUAUAUUUUAUACCCUUGCACACAUUCAGCAAGACAGAGUGUUGUUUUUACAUGCUGGUCAGCUUGACGUAUUAUUUUUAAUUAACAAGUAUAAUUAAUAAUUUUUAUCUCAUGAUAUGGAUGGAUACAGCAGGGUAGUUCGGAUUUAUUUGAAUCGCUAGAGUGACAAUUCGAAGAAGGAAAACAAAUAUAUAUCACAAGCAUUCGUGUAGCGUGCCUCACAGAAUCUCCCAAAAAUUUUCUGUUGAAUGAUUUUAUUUUAUUUUAAUUUUCAAUAUGUUAUUUUUGUGAAGAGCGUUUCAUCUUCUGUGUUAUGAUGUGUAUUAUUAUAAUUUUAGAGAAGCUGUGUUUAUACGCAAGUAGCAAAACUCUGUCUCGCUGUGUAAUAACAAGGGCGGUAAUACAUUACACGUAAAAACGCAGCGAGUAUCCUAGGCUUUGAAAGAUUGGAAAAACAAAACUCUAUAGAAAGACUAGAUGAUAAAGAUGAAAAUUAAAAAUGAAAAUAAAAAAAAAAAUAAAAAAAAAUAGACAAAGAUGCACUGGUCUCAAAAACUCUGUUACCUUGUUGAAAGUUUUUGGGACCCACGUAUACAUACCCUAUAUAUAACAAUACUAUAAUUAUGUAUGUACGAAUUAUCAGUGGUGUACAAUGUUUGUGUUUUUCUUUUUCUAUUUCUAUUUUAUUUUUUCUACCUUCUCGCUUUCUCAACCAAGUAUAUCUUUUUACGGCAAAUAUAAUGUACUAUAAAAACAAAAAAAAAAACACAAAAAAAAACAAAACUAUAAAUAUGAUAUACCAUAAUAAAUUAUUAUUACAAUUACACAGUAUAAUAGCUAUCAUAAUAAUAAUAAUUAUAAAGUUAUCACUAUAAUACAAUACCAUGCAAAUUGUCAGCAAGGCUUGUUACCCCAGUCCAGUGGUCUGAGAAAGGAGAAAACAAAAACAACAGCGUCACGAUUUACAACAAUUAAUAAAAUAAAAUGUUGAUAGUUGAACGCGGCCAAUUUGAAAAAAAUUGUAUGGACGCAAAAGAAACUACAAUAAUAAUUUUAGCUGAGGAAUACUUUUGUAGAUGUAACGGUGUUCAUCGCAGCUAGGGUCAGGAGAAAACGAAAUUUUCUAAAACUGUUAAAACAAUACUACUAUAAAUAUAUAAAUAUAUACUAGUUAUCGCAAGAAAAAAAUGAAUAAAUAACAAAAAACAUACUCAUAAUAAAACGCGUAUUGUAGAAACAUAUUAAAUACUAGAUUGAGGAAUUUGCGAUGAGCUAAUAUUUAAUAUAGUAUUUAGGAAUUUGCUAUAACUAUUGUAAAAUAAUUGCUGUGGAUAAAGAGCACGUUUUUUAGGUAUCCUAGCCGUGAUAAUCGAAUGAAAAUGAAUAAAUAAAUAAUGGUAGGAUACAGAAGGAAUGAGGUUGCCGCUUCGCACUAAUAUCGACGCAGGUGAAUUAAAUAUUGCGAUAAUACGUAUACGCGUACUUUAUACAUAUGAUUUGUUGAGCGAAAACGAAAUUUACUAUUACGCGAUGUACUCUGUAUCCUGUAACCAUGCAUCAGCAGAGUGUCCUGGAGAAAUGUAUAAAUAUACAUAUAUACAUAUGUAUAUAUAUGUAAGUUGAAUAAUAAUCUUAUUAUGCAGAUGUGAUAACAUUGGAUUAGGUGUCGAGACAAAUUUCAGAUGAAGACAGAGUAAUACUUUCCCACCAAAGCAAGGAUAGGUUUUUCUUUCUUAAUAAUUAAAGUACAUCGUUUUGGCACAGUUGUAUUUUUUCCUUAAUUGCCGGAAAUGUAAAAAAUAUACCGCAUUCAAGUUGGCAAUCGAACCAAGUUGCAAGUUUUGCAUAGGUGAUAAAUUUUAACGACAUUACGACAAACUUGUAUCGGUGAAACUUUUCAGUAGGAGACAAUGAUCUUUAAUUUUUUUAUUAUUUUCGUAUUUGUAAGAAAACGUGUCGAAAAAUGCCUGUAAUAAAUAUUUUUUAACGCUAUUAAUUGAACACAGCAAGUCAUUAUUUCAAGCUUAUAAAAAGAAACUUGAUGUAAUUCCUAAACUGUUAUUCAAAUCAAGCUUUUAUUUCCAGUUUCAAAUUAAGUGCGGUGCAAAAAUGAUAUAUCAGUAAUUAUAAAUACUGCAAUUACCUAGCCUAUGUAGGACAAUGAAAUUGAUUGAAGGAGCCAGUCGUUUUUAGGAGCUUCUUGACCCUUUUACACAUUCGAUAAUCGAAGUACUUGCUUAAUGAUAUUUUUCUGAAAUUACGACAUUCGUCAUGUUUUUCGGCUAUUCGAUAUUUGUAUUCGGUUAUUGUUCAAAUUUGCGGUAUUUGCGUGUUUGCGGUAUUUCGGUAUUUUUGGUAUUUAUUAACCAUACGUGGAUAUCACCGAAAAUAAAUUUGUUAGUCGAUUUGAACAAUUUUACGAAUCGUUUCUUUUUUUUUUUUUUUUAAUAGCUUCGUACGCCUACCUCUCAUUGUGUAAAAAGCCGUGUGGAGAAGAGAUUUAAAAGGGAGGAAAAAUAAGGAUAUUUAAAACAAAACUGUAGCCAGCCUUGUACAGAAAAACCCUAGCGUCAAUUAUAUAUAUAUAUACCUAUAUCUAUAUAUAAUUGAAGGUAAACAUAAAAUUAUUAUAAUAUCGGUUACAAACAUUAACAAUAAUAUAAAUCGUAUUACGGUAAAAGCACGCGCUUGUGCUACAGAUAUAGGAAAUAUAUAAAAACAUUGAAUCAUACUGUUAUUACUGCUUCGUACUCUGUUAUUCGUGCUACGUUGGGCUCAAUUCGAACUGCUAUCUAUAUGUAUGAAAAUUUCUACGAAUUCCUAAUCAAUUUGUUUCCAUUAAUUAUCAAUCGUUGAUGAUUCUAUUCUAUUACAUUUGUGAUCUGACUCAAUUGCACAAGAAUUCACUUAUUCGUUUUUAAACCCAUUGUCGUAGUCAAAGAGUAAAUCAAUUUAGUUUUAUUCGGGGUAAUUGAUGAAACGCAAUGUGAAAUAUUCAGUAGAGCCCAGAGCUAAGCACCUUUAAAUAUACUUGCCAUUAUGAAUGCCUUAGCGAACAUGAUUGUAAAUGUAAACUCUAAGUAAAAGAAAAAGAUUUACACUCAAAGUAUGAACACACAUAUGCAUACUAUACAUAAUUACACAAAUGAUACACAGUGAGAAUAUAAUAUUAAACUAAGGAUGAGUAUUUAAAAGAGAUGACGAAAAAAACUGAAACAAAAAAAUUAUGGUCGUGGAAAUGUAUCCUCGGUGGCAAUACUCGACUUCGCCCGUCCACUUAGUUUAGACCAUUCACUCACUCACUCACUCACUCAAUCACUCACUCACACCGACACUCCAGCUGCUCUUGGAUUUUCUAUGACAAACAUAUAUAAAACUAUCGUUCCAAACUUAGAAGCCAAAAGAAUAUAAGAGAAAAAAUUUAAACUAGCCGUGAAAUUUUUAUUUACAGAAGAACGAUUCGUAGAUACGACAAACUUUUGAUUUUUUGAAAAGAUAACUAUGUAUUCAUAAAUGCACUGCCAAUGUGAAAGACACUGUAAAGUGCCAUUUUAAUUUGAGAACUGUUUCUUUUUCGUCGUGUGUUUAAUUUAAAAAAUGUUAAACUGCAAAGAGAUUUUUGUUUCUCAGACAAUUAUAGUCUUAAAUUUAAAUCAAUAAUUACGUUUCGUGCAAAAAAUGAAUACAGAGCCCUCUUAUACACUUUCCAUUAUCAUAUGAAAACUUUUAAUGCAAUAUCGAGUGAAAUAAUUUAUUUUACAAAUUAUUCAGAUGUAAUAACUCUAGAAACUAUCAUUUGAUGAAUAUGUAAACUAAUAAUAUUAAAUUCUUGAUUAUCAAGAAUAUUAUACGACGUUCAAGAAGUAUAUUUUAAUCUCUGAUAGUCAAGUUACAGAUAUACUUAACAGUUUAUGAAAAGAAAGCAUAUCAUUCCAAAGUUUCACUUUAAUUUGAAACCCCACAUAUAUUAUAUUAUCACAAGCAAUGCGCUAUAAGCAAACGAAAUAAUAACGUAAUGAUAGGUACAUAUAAAAAAAAUUCACAAAAACAUGGAAAAAAACAUGAGCAUAACAUAGUCAAUUUUAAAACAUUCAACUACACGUACUCGACAAAAAAUAUUCAGCUCUGUUAACAUUACACGAAAAAAAAUAGCGCUACUAUUAAUUAUGUCCAUGAGCAUAAGAUCCGACGCAACAUAGACUAAUAGGUGACACAUGUUCUCAAUUAGUUAUUAACCCGAGUACUAUCUAGAACCAACUGAAGAUUAUAUAUAAAAAAGAUGAAUGGCAAAAUUAGUGUGAACAUUAUUUAUUUUCAUUGCAAUUUAUGAAGUAAAUUUCUCCAAUAGUGUCACAUGUUAAUCUGUGAAGUGUUGGCAUACCGACACAUUACAUAAAAUUUAACGACAUUAUAUAAUCGUAGCUGUUAAAGAUAAAUUAUAAAUAAUUUUAAAAGUUAAGCAUAGUCGACUCUAGCCUUACGAUGAAGAAACGAUCAUUUUCUAAUCGCUGUAUUUGUAAUCAAAGAAGAAAUCCUUCGUUAUUUGCGGGAGUUCAUUAUAAUUCGACUAGGUGAACUAAAUUUUUAAGUGCGAAUGAAAAAAUAACACAUCGGGUACUCGCUUCACAUAUUUUCUAACGAAUAUUAGGAACAGACGGAAAAUGGAGAAUAAAACACAGGUGUGUAGAGUAAUGAAGAAGAAAAGUUAUCUUGUGAUUCGCGCUUUAUUUAAAAAAAAAAAAAGGAAUAAAUCAAUAAUAAUAAUAAUAAUUAGUGAGUUAGCUAAUUUAAUGAGUAUAGCCGUACAGUUUAGAGGAGAAAGUAAAUCAAUAAAUUAGAUGUUACUAAAAUGUAACGGGCAAAAACAGUUAUAAUAGCUCAAGUUAGAUUUGCAUAUCUUUGAAAUAUAUAUCAGGUGAUAUAAAAACAAAUGAACGGUGAGUGUAAAAUUGUAAUCAGAGGAGUGAAAAUCAAAUGUAUAGCGUCGAAAGAAGUAACUAACCGCGGUAAAAUGGUGUUAAGAAAGUUGGCUAUUAUGUCCGCAAUGCAUGUAUAUAGUUCAGAGAUUUUCCUCUUUCUUUCUCUCACGAAACAAAAAUUAAGGAAGGAAAAAAUUAUGACUAAAAUCUCUCUUUCAAACAAGACCCUAAUCGAAGAUUUUUCGAAUGCAAAAACUUUGAGCCCGUGACAGUUGUUAUAUAGUGUACGAUAAAAGAAAUGUGUAUUGCGAGUGUACUGCAAUGCUUUGCAACACCUGGUACAUUCCAAAGCAUAAUUUGACGCGAUUUCGCAUUUGCCUGGCUGGCUUUGUUACGAUCAAUUAAUAACAAGACAAUUUGCAAAAUAUCAGGCAGCAAAACGAUACUCUAUCACGUCACCCGUAAACAUCAUUUCAAAGUAAUUAAUCAUGAUUGUUACAUGCGACAAAAAAUGUAGGCCUAAUACCAAUUACGUCGAAAGAAUUUCUUAGGUGAUUUUUAAUACCGUACCAAUGUUUGAUUGACGUAGCCAAUACCGGUAGAAAACUAAUCCUCUAAGACAUAUUAUCACUGCUACCGAUAUUAUUAUUACUUUCCUCAAUAAUUUGUAUUACAUUCUAUACAGAGUUUAUCUGAAGGCGUGCCAUUUCAACCGUUGCUAUAUGACCAUGUACUUUCUAUUUUCUAAAAUGUGACUGUUGCGAUAUUUACUGUGACGCAAAACUAUCUGAGUUUGUUUCUAAAUUAAUCACGUUCGUUUCCAUAAACCUUGACGCACCGUAAACUGCAAAAUGGUAGCAAGCGUGAUACUAUAGGACGGAUUAAUGGGUUUUGUUAUAAUUUUUAUCUUAUGAUUUUAUAGGUAUAUAUAAUAAGUGGUAAACGUAUAAACUGAUGUUCUGAUACGCUGAUCAUAUUAAUCAUUAUGUUUACAAUCUUCUUUUCUUUUUCUGUUCAUUAUUUAACUACAUGUUGUAUCACGCCGAUUAGAAAGCUUUUUACGUGAUUGAUUGUUUUUUUUUUUUUUUUUUUUUUUUUCUCUUUCAUCAGAAAUUUGUCGUAAAUAUAUUUUGAGAAUAAUGACAGAAGUGAUGAUUUGCAUAUGGAGGGCGAAAUUUCGUACUUUUAUGGAUGAGAGAAGGUAAGAUUGUGAACAUAACGAUAUGUCAGUAAAUCUUGCCAUAAUACAUUUACGAUAUAGCGAUAUAUGCGAUCCUAGUUAGACUGAGCCAAUAACAAUAUAAUGUAAUAUACAUAAUAUAAAUAAAAAAAUGCGUUAACGAGAUGGCGAUAUUAUCUUAUAUAUAUGUGUGUAUGUAUAUAUAUACAUAUAUAUAUAUAUAUAUAUAUAUAUAUAUCUAUACAUAUAUAAUUAAAAGAAAAUCAGAGGAGUAAUGUUUGAGUGAACGUGACACGAUAAUUAUAUUGAUAUUAUUAAUGAUUAAUAUUACCUAUUACUAUCAAACUAUUGUAAUGACAAUGCUUUGUUAUAUUGUAUGAGAUUGUAGUCUAUUUUUCUGUUGAAGUAUUGUUAUUGCCUAUAAUACGCUAUGACUAGUUCAUAUUUUAUGCAUCGAGGCUGUCACUUAAAUUAAUGAAUAAUGUUAAUAAUAAUUAAAUUAAAAAAAAAAAAAAAAAAACAAAUAGUUUUAUUGUGGAAAUUAUGAAAUCAAAUAACACGUGCAAUUCUCAUAUAAACUUCAUUCAAACGAUAUAAGCAAGGCCAAUAAUAGCAAGUAUGAUUAAUAUCAAGAGAUGAAGUCAUUGUCUGCAUAUAGAUAAUUUGGCCGGCGGAUUUGAUCACCAAUUUAUGAUUCAACAUUUCUACCUAUAUCUAUUACAGAUUUUCAUAAUCAUUUCUUGAACAAGUCGAUGUAUAUCGGUGAAUAAAAUGUAGAAUAUUUUUUCAAUUACUUUCAUAAUUGAGAGAACCAAAAAAGCUAUUCUUUUUGCAAUUAUCCUACUAAAAUAUAAACUUUUGAUUGCAUUUUUUUCAAUAACUGUAGCCUGCUACAAACUGAAUAUAUAACGUAAAAAAAAAAAAACUUCCCUGUAAUGGUCUCGUGUGACAUGAUUUUACCAAGUUACAUUCCGUUGAAAGAAAUAUGCGAAACGAAACGUUUGGUCAUAUACAGUGCUGUAACCAGUAAUCAUAAUCCGUUUGUUCCUACAACAUAAAAGUUAUUAUUUUUCUAAAUCUGAAGAAAAAUCACAUUUCAUGAGACGUUGUUUCAUAUGAAAAAUUAAGAAACCAAUGUAAAAAAAAUGUUAAAUUUACAAAAGUGACAAGGUAUAAAAACUUGUACAUCACGUUCAUAACUAGCGUGCAUAUUAUUACACGGUAACAUUUAUAGACCAUUAAUCAAGUCGCAGUUUUCAAUGUCGACACCUACUUGUUACUUUCAUCCCAUGGUCUAAAUUCGAUGCGCAACACAACUGUUCUGAAUUCUUUUAGGAAAAACAAUGCGUCUAAGUUUCACUAUGAAGAAAAUAAAAAGAUACGAUUAGACGUAUGUUUUACCAGGCACAUAAGCUAGUAAUAAACAUGUGCGACUUGAACAGCUUUUUAGAAAGACGUUUCCUUUGCCUUCGUGAACAUGCGGUAUCUGUUUGAAAAUCCGUUUGUCACUGCGAUACUAUCGAUGCAACAUUGUUUCCAAAUUACGUGACAUCUUCUAACAACGUUAACUAAGAUUUUCCAGAGUUCUUCGGAUAAUGGUAUUUAUCCGGGGAUUUAAAUUUGUGUUUCUAAAAAGCGUUUGAAUUACCGCCGGUAAACCGAUGUAUACAUAAUAAUACCAUGUAAAUGAUCGAUGCAUUUGAAAGAAUUGUGUAAUUGAUUUACACAAGCGAAGAAAUAUCCGAAAACCACCUAAAAUCGAGAAAAAAAAGUACGUUAACAAUAGAAGCAUUUCUCCAAUACUGAUAAUUAAUUGUUACGGGGAAUACUUAUAUAUAAUUAUUAUUGAUGAUGAGAUCGUUGAUAUUUUUUAUCAAAAGUGCUCAGCGAGGUCCAUAAUGACUCACUCAUUCACAACAUCUACUAUUAUGAAUAUGUGCUUUAUAUAGUUUAACAAAAUAAACCAUUACAAAAACCGAAUAA